UGUACAGUGUGUGUGUAGGGUUGAUUAUUUUUAUUUAUCCGUAAGUGCAAUAACCAAAAGAUAAAAGCUAUAAUUAGCAGCACAAACGUCAUAUUUUACUCAACACUCUGGGUGUUUACAACGUUGGGAACAGGAACGUCAAGAAAUAAGCAAAUAUGAAGAAUAAGAAAGAUAAAGCUAAAAAAUCUGCACCGAAACAAGAAAAGUCCUUGACCCUAAGAUACAUAGUGUUCACAGUACUAACUGUACUUCCCGUUGCUGCAGCAUACUGUGUGUUCUACUUUUUUGCCACACCACCGCCUAUGCCGGAAAUGGACCUCAAGACUUGGUGGGGUCCAUACCCCAUCAGUCAGAAACCUGAUGACUCAAUUAGACCUUUCAAAAUUGAGUUCUCUGAUGUGAUAGUGAACGACCUAAAAGAGCGCCUCCUCCACCGGCGUCCCUUCACCCCUCCCCUCGAAGGCGCCGGCUUCACCUACGGCUUCAACUCUGACUUCCUGACUCGAGUACUGGACUUCUGGCAGAACAAGUAUGACUUCAAGCAGCGGGAGCAGUUCCUCAACCAGUACACGCAGUUUAAGACCAACAUACAGGGCUUGGAUAUGCAUUAUGUGCAUGUUAAGCCGAAGGUUGAUGGUGAUUUGAAGUCAGUGGUAGUACCACUACUUCUGCUACAUGGCUGGCCGGGCUCAGUGCGAGAGUUCUACGAGAUGAUACCAAAACUGACCACGCCGCGAGCUCAGCACGACUUCGUCUUCGAGCUGAUCAUACCCAGCCUGCCUGGCUUCGGCUUCUCACAGGGCGCCUCUAGAGCCGGCCUGGGCCCAGCAGAAAUCGCAGUGGUACUCCACAACCUAAUGCAGCGUAUAGGUGUACCGAAGUACUACAUCCAGGGUGGGGACGCGGGCCACGCUAUAGGCUCGCACAUGGCAACACUGUUCCCAGAUAACGUACUCGGUUUUCAUACAAACUUCCCCGUACUUACCUUCAACCCGUACGCGCAUCUCUUUAACUUUUUAGGUCAAUUCUGGCCCAGCCUCGUGGUGGAGCCCGAGCUACAAAGCCGGAUGUACCCAUGGGGCGAGAAGACCAAACACCUCAUCGAGGAGUCCGGCUACAUGCACAUCCAGGCGACUAAACCGGACACUAUCGGAGCGGCACUAACCGACUCCCCAGCCGGGCUAGCUGCCUACAUCCUCGAGAAGUUCUCCACAUGGACCGACCCGGCCUUCAGGAAAGCUGGCGACGGCAACCUGCUCGCCAAGUUCUCAUUGACAUCCCUGCUAGACAACGUCAUGAUCUACUGGGCUUCGAACAGCAUUACUACUUCCGUGCGAUUAUAUGCUGAGACAUUUGCUAAAAAGCAGCAAAGUCUGAGGCUAGACGAGGUUCCAACGGAAGUACCAACAUGGGGCAUCAAGUUCAAACACGAGCUGGUCUUCCACCCGGACCAGUUCCUGAGGCUGAAGUAUAAGAACUACCUGCACAGCACCGUGGUGGAAGCUGGUGGGCACUUCGCAGCCCUGGAACACCCUGAUAUCUUGGCUGAUGAUAUUUUUGAGGCUGUGGAGGCGUUCCGCCAUUUCCAUGCGAGGAAUAACCCAGAACAAAAACCGAAGACAAUCUACGACAUCACGGUAAAAGACAUCCACGGCAACACCAUAAAACUGGACAAAUACAAAGGCUACGUUUUAAUCAUCGUCAACGUGGCGUCCCAAUGCGGAUACACCGACAACCACUAUAAAGAACUCAACGAGCUAUACGACAAGUACGCAGAGAGGGGUCUUCGCAUACUGGCCUUCCCUUGCAACCAGUUCGGCAACCAGGAACCAGGGAGUCUAAAAGAUAUCCUAACCUUUGCUAAAAACAAAGGAGUUAAAUUCGAUUUGUUCGAAAAAGUAGAGGUGAACGGAGACAACGCACAUCCGUUAUGGAAAUUUUUGAAGGAGGUUCAAAGUGGGACGCUAACUAACGCUAUAAAAUGGAACUUUUCCAAGUUCAUCGUGGAUAGGAACGGGGUGCCUGUGGAACGGUUUGGGCCGAGCACUAGCCCGUUGGAGCUGGAAACUUAUUUGGCUAAGUAUUGGUGAUGGGUUUUGCCACUUGAACGGUUACGGGCCGUUUAGAGCGUCCGAUAGGUGGCGCGGUUGCACAGAGUGGGUGAGCGGGUUAACGUUAGUUUGAACAACGAAUUUUACUUACAAUGACACGCGUGUGCGUGCGUUCGCUUCGUGCACUGGCGCCUGCUAGCGGACGCCCUUAAUACGAAUUUCUCGAUCCAAUGUAUGUGUAUAUGUAAGUAUUAUCUAAGGAUGGUAUUCCAUCUGUCCCGUAUCUUGGUCGAAUGUGUAUUUGCGUCCAAAUUUUGCUUAAUGAGAGACGCAAUGCAUAUUACAUUAGACAGGUGGAAUACCCUACCCCUACCCUAACACGAGCAAAAAUGUGUCAUCUUGGAAACUAUACUGAAACGCACCCAACUUCAGUCAGUAGAAAAAGGCACGAAAUUCAAAUUUUCUAUUGGAAGUCAAUUCUUCGCGCAUAUAUGUUUUUAAUUUGCCGCAAUUUUCUACUGACAAGGUUGCUGUGCCAGAGUACAAUAGGUAUUAUAAGUAGCCUUACCCGUGUGUUCAGUUAGUGGUCUAAACGAAUGCUUGCUCUUCCCAUUCACUAUUGGAGCAAGUGUUUCCAUUUACUAAACGAUUGCUCGCUCAAAACUGUUCAGUACCCCUAGUGUAUAAAUGUGUGUAAAUUUCAUUCGAUAGCGUGACGUGACGUACGUGAAGCGCUGGUGCCCUAGCGGUGAGAGCGUGCGACAUGCAAUCUGGAGGUCGCGGGUUCAAACCCCGGCUCGUACCAAUGAGUUUUUCGGAACUUAUGUACGAAAUAUCAUUUGAUAUUUACCAGUCGCUUUUCGGUGAAGGAAAACAUCGUGAGGAAACCGGACUAAUCCCAAUAAGGCCUAGUUUACCCUCUGGGUUGGAAGGUCAGAUGGCAGUCGCUUUCGUAAAAACUAGUGCCUACGUCAAAUCAUGGGAUUAGUUGUCAAGCGGACCCCAGGCUCUCAUGAGCCGUGGCGAAAUGCCGGGAUAACGCGAGGAAGAAGAAGCGUGACGUGACGUACGUUUGCGUUAAGUAUCAUUUUGUAUGGGAUUUUGAGUUUCCAAAACGUCCCGCUCGGCGCGCUGUUCAAAAUCCCAUACAUAAACAGUCAAGACGCGAACGCAAGUCACGCUAUCGAAUGAAAUUUCUACGGGCUAAGUUUCAGAACACUGAAAACGCGGGUUUACGAAUAAUGCUAUUCGAUUUUCAACCUUAAUCGUAUGAGAAACCGGUACCAUGUAAAUGGGAUAAAAGCCAGUGUCAAAAGGGCUACCUAUGUAGUCAUGAUUCUAGAUUUUUUAAUAAACCUAUAGGGUGGAUUAGACUAACGCGAAUGUUGUUUUAUAUAAGUAAUAUCAUAAAAAUAUGAACAAACUCACACAGGUAACUAUAUAUGUAAGCUAAGUAUAACAUAAUAAAAACGGAACCUAUUCGUUUAAGUAAGUAUUACCUCGAAACGAAAAAUAAACCAAAUGUUACCUAAGUUUCUUAUGAGCAUUUUUCCGUGUUUAUUUUUAAUUAUUUGCGUGAAAUAAAGGAGGUAUCAAAGUACAUCUAACAUCAAUGUAUAUAUUUAAGUGAAAUGUGCAUUUAUUUACAUUAAGGUGAGGUAUUCAAUAUCACUCUGUGAUGCUAUUUCGAGGAUCGAAAAUAUCACAUAUUGGCCAGAAAUACCUUGCCUUAAUCAGUCAAGGCCAGAUUGACGAAACUAGAAUAAAAUAAAUCUGAGAUUUAAUGUCAAAAAACAAUUCUUCUUUGGUCGAUCUGAUCUUUACUGUUGUUAUAUUUUUUUAUUCUUGUACAAGAGCAAUAAACAUUUUUUUAUGAAAAAGCUUUAUUUCUAAAUCGGCUACCUACAGUGGACAGGUAACGUAAGGUACUUAAAUUAAACUGGAUAAUACAGAAUAUUACAAUAUUAUGGGUAUUACUGCAAUGUUCUGCCGCCAGAGUGCAGCACUAGCACAAAUUGUAAACCAUAGACUUGUACAUACAAUGCUUUAAACAGUUUUUUGACGAAUCACGUAGUGAUUAUAUUCUCUUUGGUUAUCACUAUGACAUUGAUGCAUCAAGGCGGUGUUUACAGAGGCCUACCGAUUUUCGUUAUCUGCCUCUCUUUCACUUCGUGUUUCGCGGUAGACCCUGUUUGUGAUAGUGGCGCCCUCUACGCGGAGUUUUGCGUAAUAUUCCCUAUUGAACAGGUGAAGGAGAUCAAACGCCAAAAGCUCAACACAGAUUGCGUUGUAGUGAAAUGGUUCCGAGUGAUAUUAUGUGACAAAUUAAAAGCAUUAAAUUUAGAAUUGAAUUCUGAUUUUCAUUUCAGAUGCGAUAUCGAGUUAAAAAACAAACAAAUGAAUUGUUUUGGUACUAAAUUUUAAAAACAAACCAACGUUGGUUAUUUGUAUUUUUUGCUGAUUUUUGUAUCAUAUUUUGCGAAUCUAAUAAAAUGUACCUACACCUAAAAUACCUACGUUAGCAAAUAUCGGAAAACAUAUACCAUAGACUACAGAUCUACAGACAACUUGGAACCCUUUCCCCAAAGCGCCUUCUGUGGCAAGCAAUUACAGAUGUAGUGCAGUGCAUAAUUGUUAGCCAUCGUAUUUUCCCGGAAACGUUCGUAUUUGGCAUGGUCAUGCUACUUCAGUCAACCUCGGUACUUUUUGUACCGAGACCGAGACUGAAAUAGCAAGACAAGACACGUUCGUACGUUUUCGUCAAAAUACGAUGGAAACAUAGACCUAGUAUUACAUAGAUGAGCUAUACGCGUGCCUCCGUGAGGGACAAAAUAUACGCAAAGCGACAAUAUUGAAAACACGUUUUAACAUUACUGACAUACCAAAAACAAUCUACGUAAUUCGGUUGGGUUAUUUGUUGCCCACCAUAAACCAUACUAAUUUUUUGGUGGGGAACAAACAAAAAGAGAGACUGUGACAAGGACAAGCAAUAAUACCGCUUUCUCUGCUACUCCUACUGAAUUUUCCAUAAGUGCAUCUCGUUCGGUCGUUUAGCCCCUCCCCCGUGUCAUCUCUAUAUUAUUGUACCUCUAUGAAUGGAAAAUAAUAGGGUUGGCAACUGUCAAAGGUUUGCAUAGAUGGCGCCAUCAUAGCUUGCCCCUUUUUCUAUGAGAUUUGGCUUAAAGAGCUGGCAUCCAGGGCAUUAAAAAAACAAAAAUUUGACACAAUUCUAGGGAUUGACAGGGCAAGCUAUGAUGGCGCCAUCUGCUUAAUACUUCGACCGGCCAACCCCAUUA